AUGAGUGUUCGCGUCGUCGCCCGGAUUCGGCCCCUGCUCAAGAACGAGCUUGACAAAGACACGAUUGUCACCGCCGAAACCCUGGAGGGCGAAACAGUGCCUGCUGUCGUACGGAUACCGAGCCCAAAGAAUGACGCCGAGUCUUUUAGCUUCCAGUUCAGCUCCGUGUACGAACAAGACGCGACCCAGCAACAGCUGUUUGACGCGGAGAUCUCGCCCACGGUAAAACAUCUCUUUAAUGGUUUCGAUCUCUCCAUCUUUGCACAUGGCUGUACGGGUACGGGAAAGACGCAUACCAUGCGCGGUGGCAAGUCCUUGGCCGACCGAGGUGUCAUCCCAAGGCUGUUGAGCGCAAUCUAUCGGCGGUGUAAGAAGAUUGAGAAGGAUUCAGGAGGCGCGACCCAGGUCGAGGUAGCUUUGGAGUAUUUCGAGAUCUACUGCGACCGCGUCUAUGAUCUGUUCGAGCCGCCGGAGAAGCGCACCCCCUCUGGAUUGCCGAUUCGAGACAACCAUGGCAAGACGGUCGUCGUGGGACUGACGGAGAAGCCCUGCACGACGUUGAAAGAGUUUGAACAGCUCUAUGACCAAGCCAACUUGAACCGGUCCACGUCUGCGACAAAGCUCAAUGCACACUCUUCCCGGUCGCACGCUGUCCUUUGCGUCAAAAUCACCCAGACCACCGAGACGACCAUCCGCGUUAGUCGCGCUUCAUGCAUAGAUCUUGCCGGAUCAGAAGACAACCGGCGAACAGACAACAACAAGGAGCGCUUGGUCGAGAGCUCUGCCAUCAACAAGUCGCUGUUCGUAUUGGCGCAAUGUGUCGAGGCGAUGAAUAAAAAGGCAAGCCGGAUACCGUAUCGCGAAUCAAAGAUGACGCGAAUAUUGUCAUUAGGUCAAAACAAGGGCUUGACUGUCAUGAUCUUGAACCUGGCACCUACCCGCGCCUAUCACUUGGACACGAUUAGUUCAUUGAACUUUGCCAGUCGGACAAAAAAGAUUGAGGUGGCGGAGGUCGAGAAUGACCCUGUCUACAGGGCCAUGUCGAAGCCUCUGGCUGCAACGAGCAGCAUUGGUGGCGCAACAAUGGCGCGUCAACCACUACGCCCACUCACCGCUGCUGCCAAUGCAAACAUCACAGAGCCAGACAAGCAGAAGAAAGGGGAAAAGCCUGUCAAGGCCUUCUCUGUAUAUUCUGACUCCCGCAAAUCUGGUCCGCGGGUGACUAAUGCCACAUCGCAGAAUCAAGCAGUUCGACGAACAGAGGGUCAAAAGCGCGCGGCCGAGUCCAGCAGUACAUUUUCCUCACGACCGACCAAGGCGCAUCGGCCAGCGGAUACCACAUCGAGGAUACGAAAUGCGGAGCCGGCCAUGACAAAGGCGUCGAUUGAAGCACUGAUUGCCCAGAAGGUGGACGAAAAGCUUGCCGAGAGGGCAUUACAGGAUGCAGGACAAUCCGCUCCAGCCCUUUCAGCUGAGCUGCAGAAGCGCCUAGACGAUCUCGAGAGUCGAAUCGAUGCAAAAGAAGAGGACGGGAAGUCGCAGGGUCUUCAAUUCUUGCUCAUGGCUAAGCAACAUCACAUUCGAGGAGAGGAUGCGAGUGCACUCCGCAUGUAUCGAUUGGCCCAACCUUUUUUCCCUGGUAAUGUCAAGCUCGAGGCAAAGAUGCGUAUACUCGAAGAGCGGAUACGCAGUAAAUCGGAAGAAUCGGCUGUCAAGCACAUGUCUGCCCCUGCCGCACCUCCAGCAACAUCGGCCCCGGUUGCGCAUCUGAUGGCACCAUUGAAGGCGGAGAAGAAGGCGAGCAAGCCAAAGAUGGUCUACAAGGACACCUCAGAAGAUGAAGACGAAUUCGCACCACCCCCACCCUCCGAUCAUGAAGACUCGUAUGCCUCCGACGACAGCUUCCAGUACAAGCCAAAAGCCACCCGCAAACCCAAGAAGACCACCACCACCACCAAGAAACUGCCUAUUUUCCGCGACGAUGUCGUCAAUACCUCUGUGAACCCUGUAGAACACACUCCGCGAACGACACACCUCUUGAAGAUCAUCAACUCUCGCGACGUCAACCAGAUCAAGGCUCUCAAGGGUGUAGGUGCAAAAAAAGCGGAUAGUAUUGUAAACUGCCUUGUCGAAAUGGAUGCUGCAGAAGUUCGAGAUCUAGAGGCCCUGGCCAUGCUCAAAGGUGUUGGUGGGAAGACGGUGGACAACAUGCGAUUGGGACUAACAGUUCCUGUUGGAUAUGAUUUUUGA